AUGCCUAGUGCUGGAAGCUCAUCCGCAGAACGUAAUAGCGGGAGUGGUCCGGCUCCGAAUCUACAGAGGCAGGUGGAUCCAAUAAAAAUUCCGUUGUUUAAGUCUACGCCCACAAAAUCUUCACUUGGCGAUUUUAGAAAGACCUCAACACCUUCUCCAUCAACCGCCAGUUCCGAACAAGGAUCUGAAAGAAAUCGCCUCCUUAUGCUACUCAAAUUAAAAAAUGCUAAAUCAAGCACGCCAGGUGCAAACAAUGGAGGCAUUGAAUAUAAAAAAAUUAGCGAAGAACAACGGAGACAAGCAACAAGUAUACCAAAGAAUUCUACCAACAACACCGCAUCUGAAUCUGAUACCAGCUUUCAUAACGAGGUUUCCCGAUUACUUAAGGAGUCAGUUCCAAUGAAACAUGUCGCAAGCGAGCAAUCAAGCCCCACUCCACGUUCAACACAUGAAAAUCAUACUUCAAAUAUUAUCUCCGCAAUGAAUGAGUUGCAUACGGCAAUUAAAGAGAUUUCGCGAAAUGUAAAGCCUAAGAACGAUCUUGCCCCUGAUAAUCAUUCGGGUUAUGAUAAAGCAUCACGCGAAAUUUCGAUUCUCAAUACUGAAAGCGCAAACCAAGGACAGAAUACACGAUUCAAUUCGUUAAGUACCUCUCACGGGAAUCGAGAAAGAAUUGCGACUACCAGCAACGGAAUAAACACGAAUCUUGUUCCAGAUACCAGCUUUCGAGUAAAGCCAAUAACUACCACGCCUCAAUGCGAGAGUUCUAGUGCCGGACGUUUAGAAAAACUCACUCGCAAUAAUGGUACAGGUGAUGCUACCAAAUUUAUAAUCAAAAAUGGGGUAUUCAAUCAUCUCCCACUUUUAUCAGCACCAUCACAAAGAAGUGAAGUCCUUUCACCGUCAAGUACUACGAGAAAUGGCAAGCCAACUAAUGUCACUUUCAAACAAGUUCAUCUGGUAAACGUGAAUGGUAAAGAUGAAUUAAAAACUGUCAAAGAGGGUCAAGGUGAAGUAGCUGAAAUCUAUAGGUCCCCAAAAUUGAUCGAGUAUCCACUCAACAGACGUAACAACACUGUUAGCGAGAGCCAAACAGUACCUUAUCAAGCUAAAGGCCUGAAUAGUGACUCAAACGGUUUCUUUUCAAAGAUAAAUUCUAAAGAUGAGCGUCUACCGAACAGGAGAGAAUUAGUUUUAAUUCACUCUGUCUUUAACUCACAGGGUUUGCAUAAGCGCAAUGGCUUGAUACAAGGAGAAGAGAAAACAUUUGAUAACGACUUAAAAAGAUCGCGGAAUCAAAUUGAGAGAAAUCCUUCAAACAAUCCUCCUAAGGACUUGGGAUCGCAGAAGCAAAUUGAGAGAAAUCGUUCAAACAAUCCUCCUAAGGACUUGGGAUCGCAGAAGCAAAUUGAGAGAAAUACUUCAAAUAAUCCUCCGAAAGACUUGGGAUCUCAGCCGAGAGGGUCCUUAAAUGAAGUCUCUUCCUCUCAAUCAACUGAUGGACUCCAUGCAAAGGGUGAUGCAUAUUUUCAAGCAAAUAAGGUCAAUGAAAUACGGCAAGAUUCAUUUUCUCGAUUCACUGUUGAUAGUGUAAGCUCAACAGAGAAUGCCAUCGUUAGAUGCGAAAACAAACAAAACGAAAACGAAUCUGCAAAAAGCUCAAAUUCACCUGAAGAGUCGCCUAGUGUUAUCGUACAGUCUCAAGCGAAUAUUCCAGGCCGUUCAAAGAUAGAAAAUGGAGAUACAGAAACGAGAAGUGGGUUAUCUCAGGAGCCCUCUAACCAAAGCCAUAUGCCUACUGAUUUCUCGAAUACCAUUGCUCAGUCGAACGGUAAGUCGGACCCUCAGAAAGGACAAAAUAAUCCCCGUAAACCUGAACAAGAGAAGAAUAGCUCACAAGAGGGACGGAAGCGCAGUCUCAGCACAUACUCUACCUCUCCUAAAAGGCCCCGCGUAGAUGUGUCCCUGAAGCGCAAGAAUCCAGCAGUUGGAAAGAUUUUAGAGGAUAAAGAUAAUGUGCCACUUGUAAGUAAAAAAAUGGUUCCCAAAAGCUUUAAAGAUACGAUUGUGGUCGAGUCGUCUAGCUCUGAAUCAAAAAGCAUGUCUGUUGGAAAAUUCUCAUCAUCGAUCAAUCAAUCCCAAAAACAGAUCAAACCUAACCAGGCGUCACAUUUAACUGGAUUUCAAACACGAUUACUAGGACAAAAAUCAUCAGUAAAGUCGAAGCCUAAUGUUCUGAGAGGAAACGUUCGAACAUCAUCUUGGAAGAGUAGACGGUCAAACACAGAACCGACUAUUUCUAGAAGAUUGAAAGAACGAGUUGUAAACAUUCAAGUUCUCAAUAAGAUCAAAACAACUCAAAAACCAUCAGUUCAAGCUGAAACGCAUUCUUCAAAGUUGGAGUUUGUUGGACUACUUGAAUCUGACGCUGAUAAUGAAACGGACGGGUUGUCUAGUGCUGUGUCUGAUUGCUCCUCUGACGCAUUCGACGUCGAGCAAGAGCUUUCAUCCAUAAGGAAAAUGCAGCUGACGCAAGAAGGCUCAUCAAUCAGAAAUGAUGGCAUGUGGAAAAAAAAUAACACAGAUGGUCUGCUUGUUCGUUCCAAACCCAAAAAUUUUGAUCCAGAGGCAGAAAGGCGAAGACUAGAACGGAUUGUUGGUCGGCAAUUAACUGAGAGAUUCGCAGCUUUAAGGAAAUUGAACAAAAAGAGUCUUGUAUCUCUUGUAGAGACGGGGAUUGCUAAACACACACCGUUUGAAGCAGGCAUUCAAGUAACCGGCAGCAAUGAUAUCUGCAAUAUAAACAAUUACGAGAUUACUCCUGUCCUAUACUUACAAUAUUUGUCCAAGGGAGGCAGAUUGUCUUUCACGAAAUUUGAAUCGAGGGCUUCUUCUGAUAAUGUCGAUUAUUCUGUUAUUGGGAACUUCUUGAAAAAUGGUGUUAAAAUUGGUGGAGACAAUCUUACAGUAUUUUUCGACAAAAAUCAAGAUUUAACAUACCCAAGCAACUCAGUAGUAGCCAAACGUUAUGAACUUUUGAAGACGGCAUUUACAAGUGUAAACAUCAUGGUUUCCCCCGUAUUUUCUUCAGAUGUUGAUAUUGUAAUUUUAUUGUCAGGGCCUGCGAAUCAUACUGGAAGUUGUAGUAAAAUGCCACAGGAAAGAACAACUUUCUUGGGGAGACGAGUUUGGAAUUAUCAAGACGCCGAAGAUUUUCUUCGAUAUAUCAAAGCCGAUGUGUCAAACCUGUCUGAUGACACUAUUGGUUUUGAGGACGUCAGCAGAAAGUCUUCUUCAGUGCUUAAGGUUACUGAACAACCCACAGAUAACCAGUCUUCGUCCAAGGAUUCAAAUCCUCCUGCUGAUAAUGAAAGCUCAGAUAAUCUGGAAUUUUUAACUGAAACGAUCAUUACAGAUAUAUCAAAUGACAUUGAAAGAAAUGACAUAAGCAAGCAAGAAUUGAAGACACAUGUUCACAGCUUAAUUAAUUUAGCUAAAGCCAAUGCUCAGAGAACAAAAGACGAAGAAUAUUAUUGGUUGAAUGAAUUAAGAACACGAGAACGAAUUUUAAGCAAUGUUUCUGAUGAGGUAAUGAAGGAUCAAAUGAAACUUGCAUCUCUCAAUGGUCAAAUGGCUGUCAAAAACUCGGAGAUCAAGAAGUUCCAAGAAAUUAUUGCUAGCAAGGAAGCCGAACUCGAAGAGUUCAGAAGAAAAUUUCAACUGGUUACAGAAAAAACGGAUUCUUCUCUGGUAUACUUGGAAAAACCCAAGAAAAAAGAACUUAAGAACGCCGAUAACUCAAACUCAGAGGUGAAUCAGAUAGACACCGAAGUCGAAGGAGAAGCUGACAUUACAGAAUCCGAAAUUGAAGAAAACGUCAAUGCCGAAAGAAUUCCUGAUACUAAUAGGAUUAUAGAAGAUGAGUUAACUUCGUUGAAAAAAGCUUUAGCCGAAAAAUCGGAAGAAGCUCGUACUUGGAGGCAAUCAUACAGACAGAUCAUUGAAAAAGGAACCGAAAAGUUGCAAUCCAAAGAAGAAAUCAUUCGGCACCUUCAAAAACAUGUAAUGGACUUGACUGAGCAGAUAAAUGUGUUGGGGAAUGAAGUAGCAACGGGAUCGACAGCUAUGGUUGAUACAGCAGCUCAAAACCAGAUUGAGAAACUUCGACUCGAUUUAGGGAUCGCUAAGGGAAGGCAGGCUGUUCUUGAGGAACAAGUUCGGCAAAAAAAAAUUACACUAGAAAGGCUACACAAGAUUCAUGAAUCUAAGAUCAAACAGUUGGAGUUGAAGUUGCAGGAAGCUCGGAAAGAGAUAGGGGGAAACCGCAAAUCAUGA